AAAAGAACUUGUACACAAAGAGAGAGCAACUCAUCCACACGGCAGGACAGAGUCUUCUAUUAAGAGCCAAAGAAACAUAGAAAAGUUUCUGGAUUAGGGCAGAAUUAGCACAAAGCAGCGACGCCACUUCAGCUACACUUGCAAACAACACAGAAGAGGGGGGACAGAGACGCCGAGAGCGACGCGACGGGGGUGAAGACGUUCCAGCAAACCUCAGCCACCUCAGAAAACUCCAAACUUUGCUAAGCAAGAGGAAGACGAGUCCAUCCCAGACACAGAGACAGAGAGAGAGAGAGAGCGAGAGAGGCAGCAGAGAGGCAGGGGAUCUUUGCCGACAAGGUCCUGAAGGAUGGAAGAGAAGCAGUUUGCUGGGAUCCUGAACGGAGCAGUUCCAGGAGAGCCAGUGAAGAAGGAUGAAAACUCCCGGAGAGGGAACUGGGGAAACCAGAUUGAGUUUGUCCUUACCAGUGUGGGCUAUGCUGUGGGCCUGGGCAAUGUCUGGAGGUUUCCAUACCUCUGCUACAGAAAUGGAGGAGGUGCCUUCAUGCUUCCAUACUUCAUCAUGCUUGUGUUCUGCGGCAUUCCACUCUUCUUCCUCGAGCUCUCCUUUGGUCAGUUUGCCAGCCUGGGCUGUUUGGGGGUUUGGAAGAUCAGCCCUAUGUUCAAAGGCGUGGGCUACGGCAUGAUGGUUGUGUCCACCUACAUUGGGAUAUAUUACAACGUGGUCAUUUGCAUUGCCUUCUACUACUUUUUUCUCUCCAUGACAAACCUACUGCCAUGGACCUACUGCAACAACCCGUGGAACACACCAGACUGCAGCGGUGUCGUUGGCAGCGGCCACCAGCUCAACAGUAGCCUGGCAAAUGCUACCACUAGCCUGGUAGCAGGGAUGUCUGAGGUAGUUAACCGCACCAAGAGGACCAGCCCCAGCGAGGAGUACUGGAAACACUAUGUGCUGAACAUCUCUGAUGAUAUCGGGAACUUUGGAGAGGUCCGCCUCCCUAUCCUGGGAUGCCUGGCUGUAUCCUGGUCUGUUGUCUUCCUCUGUCUCAUCAGGGGUGUUAAAUCCUCUGGAAAGGUGGUGUACUUCACAGCUACAUUCCCAUAUGUCGUUCUGACUAUCCUCUUCAUCCGUGGCAUCACCCUGGAUGGAGCCAUCAAUGGCAUCAAGUACUACCUGACUCCACAGUGGCAGAAGGUUCUUGAUGCAAAGGUGUGGGGAGAUGCUGCCUCACAGAUCUUCUACUCUCUGGGUUGUGCCUGGGGUGGUCUCAUUACCAUGGCUUCAUACAACAAGUUCCACAACAACUGUUUCAGAGACAGCAUCAUCAUCAGUAUAACAAACUGUGCCACCAGUGUUUACGCUGGCUUUGUCAUUUUCUCCAUCCUGGGCUUCAUGGCACACCACCUCAACGUCCCUGUGUCAGAGGUGGCUGACCACGGCCCGGGACUGGCCUUUGUGGCCUACCCAGAAGCCCUCACUCUGCUUCCAAUCUCACCACUAUGGUCGCUGCUUUUCUUCUUCAUGCUCAUCCUUCUGGGACUGGGGACUCAGUUCUGUCUGCUGGAGACCUUAGUGACGGCCAUCGUUGAUGAAAUCGGUACAGACUGGAUCAUCAAGAACAAGACUGUAGUCACGCUGUCAGUGGCCAUAGCUGGUUUCCUACUGGGAGUCCCGCUAACAACACAGGCAGGAAUCUAUUGGCUUUUACUGAUGGACAACUAUGCUGCUAGUUUCUCUUUGGUCAUCAUCUCGUGCAUCAUGUGCAUCUGCAUCAUGUAUAUUUAUGGUCACAGGAACUACUUCAAAGAUGUAGAGAUGAUGCUGGGCUUCCCUCCUCCUCUCUUCUUCAAAGUCUGCUGGAGAUUCAUCUCGCCCGUCAUUAUCUCUUUCAUCCUGAUCUUCACGGUGAUCCAGUACAAGCCCAUUACUUACAAUGACUACGUGUAUCCCGGUUGGUCCUUGGCUAUUGGUUUUGCCAUGGCCUUGUCCUCAGUGGUCUGCAUACCCAUCUACGCCCUCUACAAGAUCUCAAAGUCUCCGGGAGCCACCUUUAGAGAGAGGUUGAAGGCAGCAUGCCGAGCACAUCCAAAGUGGGGCCCUGCCCUGCAGGAGCACCGGACAGGCCGCUACGCCCCUAUGGCCUCCGAAGACACUGUGGAGGCUCGUCCCUUAAAGGAGAAGGAGGAGCUGAAGGAAGAACAAAAGGAGAAAGAGGAGGAGAAGGAGAAAGAGAAGAAGGAUGAGAUUAGCCUCACCAUCCAGGGAAGCAACGGCUCCACCAACACACACAACAACCCCAACCCCAGCGCAUAGACGACACGCUCUGUCACCAUCAGCGGGCGACAAGCCUCGCACCCUUCCCUUAUCCUUUCUUCUCCUCCAUCCUCACCCCACUUUCCCACAGUCCUCUGUGGGGGAGAUCCCAUUCACUGGAGACCUUUACAUAUUGUAAGGGCUUAUUAUAUCAAUCCUAACCUCUUCUAUCUGUGUGUUGUCUCUAGAUAAAUGAAGAAAAACAAAAUGAAAGGAAGAAAAAAAAAUUGGCUCAUCAUCCAAAAGAUUUGUGUGUAUGUCAGCGUGUGCAUGUGUGAGUGAGUUGUUAAUUUGUUCCACAUAAUUUAAUAAUGUUUGGGGUUUUUUUUCCUUUCAUUUUUUUGUAAAACUUGUAUAUGUCAUCUUCAUAUGCCAUUAGAGGUACAGUAGAUUGUGAAGCUGCAUGUGUUUGUUUUUGUGCGUGCAGCAGCAUAGAGACACACACUGUUCUGUUUGGGAUGGGUGACUUUGUGGCGGCAGCUGGAGACUGGAGAGGAGAAGGGUCAAAUGUGCCUGCACGGGCCAUUUACAGUCUGAUAAAGAUGGUAAAAGGCUCUGAUGUUUAGCCAGAAAAAGAGGCGAAUACACUCAUUCACACUCAUACACUCUGUAUAUUUUACAGCACACAGUGACCUCAACUUUAGUUGAUCUCAGCUUAAGACUAAGCCUGUUGUUUUUUUAUGCUGCUUCUUCUUAUAAAGAAAAAAAAUCUAAAGAGCACAAAUAUUUAACAAACACCCAAGAUUACGACUGACACUUAGGGCUUAUUUUCUUUGGAAAUUUCCUCCACUGGUAACUUUUUUCCUCCUACUAAAGCUGCUUAAACUUUAAGCAGAGAAUCAUCAGUGAACUGAACUGUAACUCUGAAUUCACACACACACACACACACAAAUAAAAAAAAAAUCAUAUUUUGUUUUUGACAGAAGAGGUCCCAGUGCCCAUUUCUCAGGGUCCAAGUGAAGAUGAACGUUGUGGUCCCUCGCCUGUAGAAACCUUGUCUCUACUGAGUUGGCCUGUUUAGAUUUUAGGGACUGAAACCGCCGAACUUUCCUCGCUGUCCAAAAACACCUACAUGUACACGCAAACCAGGUGGAUGCAACUCCGUAUUUAUAGAAGUGCCAUCUCUUAUUAAGUCUUCCAGGCAUUCUGUUUGAGCGAACCUCAUCAUGAGAUGUGAUCUAUGAAGGAGAAUCCAUGUUAGAAAGUAUUAAAAGUGUGCCGUAGUCAGUGUCUCCUAUGGGUCGUAGCAAUCUGCCCCAUUCAGGCAUGUUACCAAAAACAUUCCCUAAGUUACCUGAAUCCUGCACAUGUUUUUGGUAACAUAUGUUUCUCAGAGACUGAUACGCUGUCAGUCACUUACAGUCAGUGGAACCUUUAAUGAAUUUACAGACAUUUGUUUUAAAGCUCUGAGCCAAGCUGUGCUGUAACUGGUGGAGCGACAGAAAGCAGAGAGAUGCUGCUUCUUUCCAGAAGAAAAACUUCAUUGAUGUAGUUGUACAUCUCCUUUUUAUCGCAUUCUUGUAAACUUAGUAAAUUGUAAUGACAGCGUAUGUUUUAUGUUGUACAAAAAAAACUGACACUAACUAUAUCAUAUACUAUACUCAUACUUAACCAUGUUUACCAUUCCUCAUCUGUGACUUGACUCGUCGUAUAAGCGCUUUGAGUGCUCAGUUAAGAGUAGAAAAGCGCUGUAUAAGAACUAGUCCAUCUACCAUUUGUUAUGUUGGAGGGUGACCUACAGUAGGCAGUGGUCUCUUUAGCAUGCAGGGCUGGGCUUCCUCAGAGACUGGAAAGCCUCCAGCAGAAUGUUAUAGAAGCGUGGUGUCAGAGAUUUAUGGUGGUGCAAAGGAAGAAUAGGGGCAGGGGUUUAAUUUUCACUAUCUACUCAUCUUCGAUUGCUGUCUGCUCAGAUGUUGUGAGGUGCUUUUAGCUUAAAAGGCAGAGAACUUUUAGGUAUUGCAUCAGUUUGUCAAAUUAUCGGUUGGAUAAAUGGAGCGUUAUGAUCUGUAUGCAGUGAACAUAUUAACAUAAUAUGCAAAAAUGUAUAUGUCCCAUAUUUAUUUGGAGAAACCAUAUUUUCUUUAUUGCUGAGAGUUAGGUGAGAAUAUUGGUGUCAAGCUCACAGCCACAGCUGGCUUACUUUAGCACAGCAACUGGAAACAGGACUACAGCUGGCCUGGCCCUAUGUCUCGACUUGUGUCUGAAUAUAACAGCCAUUAACUAACAAAUUAUUUCAGUUUUUAUUUAAAAAAAAAAAAAAAAAAAGCAUAAAAAAUUGGAACACGUUACAUAUAAUUUGUAAUCAGUGAGCAUUUGAAGGGCAGGGAUGUGAAUUUGUGGACACAGUCACAGUUACCUAAACUAACACUGGAAGCUUAGCUAACGAGGGCUCUGGCUGUGAUGUCAUAUUUAGCAGACAGAUAUGAGAGCAGUAUUUUAAUUCUUAUCUAACUUUCAGUAAGAACUUCAAAUAAGCACACACUCAAAAAUGGUAAACGAUUCGGUGCGUGUCUUUUUCCAGGUGGAUUUAAGCACAAAGUCAGAUUAAACUCGCACAUGUUCAUUGUCUUCUUCAUUUGGACUUGUGAGACUAGGAAAAGCACAGGUGUAGACAUGAUGGCUGCAUUCUUACUUAGCAGACGGCCUUCUUUUGGCCACGCCGGAUCGCUGUCACGUCUUACUUGGACACUAAAUGGAACUGAGACAUCAUGAAUUCCAUCUGUGGCCAUAAAAAAUGUUUGUCAAGAAAAAGGUCAGGUGCUCACAGUUGUAUCUUUGGAGUGAGGUAGUGGUUUUUAAUAUGACAGUGCAGUUGCUCCAGUAAUCCACAAGAUGGAGCAGUGCUGACACUCGGGGCAGAAACACAAGGCUGAGAUGGCUGAAAAUGUUAAAUAUCUUUAACACUGACACUGAGGCUAUAACACCAUACAACACUAUAACACUGAGAGAGCCCAAUAAGCACAGUGAGCAGUCUCAGACAAGCACAUGUUUGUACUGAUGCUUUUAAGGGGCUUUUGCACAAGAAAAGGAAAGGUGACAGAAAUGUGUUGCAGCUGUUCUCGUAGAACUGUAGCUUUAGUUGGUAGUUAGCCGACUGUUUGGACCCUCUGGUUCUGAUGUUCUUUUUUUUGUAAUAGUGUUUAUUUUUAAUUAAAUUACUCCAAAACCAGGUGCUCUAUGAAACAGUACAUUAUCACCAUCUGCUAACCUAACCUAACCUGCUUCUUCUGAUACGUUAGGAAGUCUGCAUUAUAAAUAAGGCUGAAAAAGGUGAUAAUGAACUUAUUAUUAUCGGUGUAUGUUGGGACAGCUUGUAGCUCAGACCGUGUCCUGUGUGUGAUUGCCUGCCUCGUGUGUUCAUGUUGUUAUAAGUGAAUCUUAGCCAGCCUGCUACAGUGCUAUCUCUCUCUAUAUAUCCCAACCCUGACCAUCUCUGCUAGCCCCGCAUCUCCUGCUCACAUUGUACAGUAAUGUAAAGAAAAACUUACAUAUUUGGACUGUGCGUGUUUUUUUUGUUUUGCUUUGGGUUUUUUUUUUUUUUUUUGUUUUGUUUUUUUGGGGGGGAGGGGUGGGUAUUGACAGCUUUUGUUUGUUUGUUUUCUAUGGGGUUUUUUUGUUUACCUUGAUUUGUAAUUUUUCUUGUAGCGUAAUGUAGAAGAUGUCGAGUGUACUGUGUAUCUGUGUGUAGUGGAUUAGCUCUUACUGCUGAGCCUGCAUGUAGAGCAGGCGUAGUGUCAGUAUUGAUGUCCAUGUACCUCUAAUCUCGUCCUGUUCUGCUAAUCAUACAGUCUAUCUUUUGUACUAAAAGAAGGAAACGUACAUAUUUUAUCCUCAGAUUUUAACCAUUGCUCAUCCAUGUUCAGUGACACAACUGUUUGUUUUUGACACUGUAUCCACAGAGAAUUGAGAUUGAACCAGCUGAUAUUAAAAGCAUUGCCAAACAAAAAGCUUUGGAUUGAAACUUGAACUAAAACAGAUUGGUCAGUUUUUACUGAGAGCUCUGGUAUAAGACAGUGGCGGCCACUACGUGACAAUGCUUUGUGUGCAUGUGUGUGCGUGCGUGUUUAACAGUAUUACAUCUACCUUAAUCUAUUUCACACAGUGCAGUGCCAACGGUCAUACAUCACUGUUUGCUUUUAAUAUCCUGUGGCCCUCAACUUGAAUAGUUUGCCUUUUUUUUUCUGUGUAGUCCUUGAAAAGAAAAGGGGGGAAAAAAGGAGCGAAAUCAAAACACCAAAAUUACUCAGCAGCCAGGAUGGAAUCAGCAUCAGGAAUUCACAUUUUCAUUCUUGUGCAUAAUGUUGUUUUAUGUGGAAAUUUGGGCAAACUGUGUGGCGUGUGUCUCAGAAAUGGGUCCAGCUGUUAUUUGAUUUUGAUUGUUUCUCCAUAAAAUGCAACUAUGAUUACUUUAGAAUUGCAUGAACAGAAAGAUGAAAUACUGAUUGCUUACCAUCACUUUUCACUGUGGUGGCUGUGCAGAAAGUCACUGAUGUAGAAGAACAAAAAGCUAGGUGAAGGUUUGAACUCAUGUUCACAGGUCAGCCGCUCAACUGUAGUGAAAACACUUGAUUUUUACGUUUCUUUCUCUAUAAAUGACAAAACGUUACCUCUUCUAUUUCUUACUACUGGUCAUGAAAACAUAAUGUCACAGCACUUUAAAGAAAUCAUUAGUGUUUUUAUAAGCAACAUGAUGUAUAAAUAUAUAAUUACAAUAAUAAUUCAAACUUCCAUUAAAAAAACAAGUAAAAUAAAUGUCUUUUCAGUGGAAAGGACAUUGCUCUGUUGAUGCCAAUGUGAAUUGCUUCCUGGGUGGAGUGGAGGGGAAAAGCACAAGUAAAAAAAAAAAAAAAAAAAGUAAGAGAGCACAGUUCUUCUGGUACCUUCUAUCAUAUCUGUCUUUGUAUCUAACCACGUCUGUUCUUCGUGUUCUUCAACCUUUAGGGCCAAAAUUCAUUGAAAUGUCUUAGUCCUGUCAGCUGUAUAUCGUAAGCUGUUGAAUUACAAGAUGAUAAAUAAAAUCUAUUUUAAAGAUCA